AUGGCAGAGAAACAAGCAGACAAAAAGCGUAGCCUCCCGGCGACGGGCUCUAACCCUCGCGGCAUCCCCGCCGCUCCUUUCGUCGACAAUGUGGCCGACUACGUCUCUUCGAGAACAGAUGUCGAACCCACCCUCCGAUCAUUCCAGGAGAUGGUGUCCAAAUAUCAGUUUAUGGAAGUCAAUACGCAACGACGUGCACAGGGCCUACAAGAGAAGAUCCCAGAUAUAAGGAAAACCUUAGAGACCGUCAGGUUUCUGAAGGUCAGGAGAGCGGCCGGCACCAACGAACCCAUCCAAACUACAUUUGACAUGAACGACACACUAUAUGCGCAUGCGACGGUAUUACCCGAAGAUACGGAUGAGGUGUUCCUCUGGCUUGGAGCGAACGUUAUGCUCGCAUACCCCAUCGACGAGGCAGAGGAACUGCUAGAAGAGAAAUUACGAGCUGCGGAAGUGAGUUUUAAGAACUGCGAAGAGGACAUGGAGUUCCUAAGGGAGCAGGUUACGACCCUUGAAGUUGCAACGGCCCGUGUAUAUAACUGGGACGUGGUGCAGAGACGAAAGGAGAAAGCGGAAGGCAAAGAUGAGGAGAGUAAAGGUGAAAAGAGGCGGAUAUGA